CAUGUCACUCUAUUCAAAUUCUUGUAUACUAUUUUAUUUCUAUCUUCUCUAGUUUUUUUUUCGUACUCCUUCAGCAUAAUCAUGCCACAACGUUGAACACAUCAACACCAUUUCCCGAUACCUGGUCCGAUCUCACGUGUGGGCGACGGGCGCAUCAACAAGCUGGAGAGGCAGUGGGGCAUUUGCGAGCGGCUGUAGGAAAGUGGUCUGUGUGUUUGUUGGUGGCUUAGCGACAUCCAACCAAAACCGAUCAACACGCGUCGAGGGCAAUGGCAAGAGAUGGGCUACGAGUCAGGAUAAUGAAUCAUAGCUGGUCGGGUUAUGUAGACCCGAACCCAAAGUGUUCUGGUGAAACAUACCCCUACCAGAAUCUCUCGUCUCUUAGAUCCAGCUAAACCUCAACGUUCGCGUAGAGGUAGUACACGUGCUCGUCUUGGUAUCAUUUCCUAGAUAAUCUCUAAAGCAGUGUACAAUGUAACUCACGUCAGCAGCUAAGCCAAUGCCUGUAGUCUGCUUUAUUAACUUCAGACCCCGCGAACUACUUCUCAUCAAUAGUGACUGUCAUCACAACCUCUACGCUUUCUCUGCCCGUAUGCUCUACGCCAGAUUUUUAAACUUGCCGUCCAUUUACUCAAACCAGAAAUUCACUAAUGGCGUCAAGUGCUCGAUCACCGGCGUCACGCAUCGCCAGGCACAGCCAGAGGCUUUGCUCCCUUGCUGGAUCUACGGAAGCGCACGAGAGCAUAACCUUGGAAGAAGAAGAAGGAAAUUCGAUCGACAUUACUGAUCCUGUUCUGAAAAAGAGAUUACAAAACCGACUUGCUCAAAGAGCAUACCGGAAACGCGUCAAGAAUCGCCUUGACAAGCUCGAUGUUCUUCAAAAGCAAUUCCACCAAUUAAAACAGCAAAAACAUGCCACUUGUGGAUUUGAUGCAAUUUCGAUACAGAACAAUAGGCAGCGGAUUCUUGAAAGGUGUCUUAGUCCAUUGAGCACGGCAGACUCGCCGCAUGUAUACGCACAAACGUCGCCUUCUACGGACGAUGAGACAGUCAUGCACCAGAUCCUCGGCCUUCCUCAUCCAUCAACUGAUACUCCAAGCUCACAGGCUGUUUCAGGAGCAUCUCGGCGGAAUGACCUGUAUCAACAGGCUUUAAGCUCCUAUUUUUUAACCCUCCCAGACUGCCGCCCAGCGUCCCCGUCUUUGGGCACAGGUCUGGCACCCUUGUCGCCGUUUGCGCCAACGCAAUUGGGUACUAAUGGGCUUGCCGAUAUGGACUCACAGACAGCAGUCUAUUUCAGCGACCCAUGGAUAUCAAAUGCACAUAAUACAAAUGCCACUACAAUACAAUUAUCUACUGAGACGGACACAUCGAUGGACAGCGCAAUCGGCGUGGCGAUAGAACCACAACUAAGAGAUGCGGAUGAGUCUGGCAAAGGUUCUAAUCAAGAUGCCUUGGAACUAAGCAGUCAGAGGGGCACGCCGCCUGCGAUGGAUAUGGAAAUACCAUAUCCGACGAUAGACUCCCCUCACGCAGAUGGCACACAGAACACAGAAGUUGAUCUACAAAGGCUUGGUAGUUUACAUGUUAUUAUGGACACAAUCCAAGCCACUGCAUUUACAAGUUUUGAUGAGCUCGUCGUGUACUACUACACCGCGGAGCUAAGCCGUUCUACGCGACUGGCGCACGAACAGCAUAUAAGCCGCAGUCAGCGACUCUCUGGAGUGCUUCGUGACUUGGUGAGUAGAUGAUAUAGACAAAUCUACACUCUUUAUAAAUGUAGCUAUUACUUCC